CACACGUGUGGUGAAACUCACUGAGUUCGCCAUUAAGUAUUUCUCCUUCUUUUUCUUUCUUCACCAGUUUAUAAUAAUAAUUAUAGAGAAAAUGGACAAGUAUUAUUAUUACCAGUAUAUAUCAAUAUUGAUUGCAACUAUAGCUUUUAUGGUGUGGUUUGUUUGGAGGUAUAGUUCAUCGAGGAACAGCAUUUGUUCCCAUAACAAUCCAAAAUGUCAGCCGGCAACGGCCGCCGGAAGUACGGACAUCAUCGUUGUCGGAGCCGGUGUUGCUGGUUCCUCCCUCGCUUACGCUCUCGCCAAGGACGGAAGACAAGUGCAUGUAAUUGAAAGGGACUUAACAGAACCAGACAGAAUCGUUGGUGAACUGCUACAACCAGGGGGCUAUCUUAAGUUACUCGACCUGGGUCUUGAAGAUUGUGUGAGUGAGAUUGAUGCUCAGAAAGUGUUUGGAUAUGCUCUAUACAAGGAAGGAAAAAGCUCCAAGCUUCCUUAUCCGUUGGAAAAUUUCCAUCCAGAUGUGGCCGGGAGAAGCUUUCACCAUGGUCGAUUCAUUCAGAAGUUGCGGGAAAAAGUUGCUUUUUUACCAAAUGUGAAAUUGGAACAAGGAACUGUGACAUCUUUGUUUGAAGAGAAUGGUACUGUGAAAGGGGUGCAAUACAAGUCUAAAGAUGGUCAAGAUCUGACUGCUUUUGCUCCCCUCACAGUAGUUUGUGAUGGCUGCUACUCCAACUUGCGUCGCUCUCUCUGCAAUCCUAAGGUUGAUGUUCCUUCUUGUUUUGUUGGUUUGGUUUUGGAGAAUUGUGAGCUUCCAUUCUCAAAUCAUGGACAUGUCAUUCUAGCAGAUCCUUCUCCAAUUUUGUUCUACCCAAUCAGUAGCACUGAGAUUCGUUGCUUGGUUGAUAUUCCUGGCCAGAAAGUGCCUUCCAUUUCUACAGGUGAAAUGGCCAACUACUUGAGAACAAAAGUGGCACCACAGAUUCCUCCUGAGCUUCACAAUGCUUUCUUAGCUUCCAUUGAGAAGGGAAACAUAAAAACAAUGCUUAAUAGAAGCAUGCCUGGUGCACCUCACCCCACUCCUGGUGCCCUUUUAAUGGGAGAUGCAUUCAACAUGAGGCAUCCUUUAACUGGGGGAGGAAUGACUGUUGCUCUAUCGGAUGUUCUUGUGCUAAGGAAUCUCCUUAGACCAGUGAAAAAUCUCAAUGGCACAUUGGCUCUUUGCAAAUAUCUUGAAUCCUUCUAUACUCUGCGCAAGCCUUUGGCUUCCACCAUAAAUACAUUGGCUGGUGCUCUGUACAAGGUGUUCUGCUCUUCCACUGACCUGGCAAGGAUAGAAAUGCGCGAAGCAUGUUUUGAGUACUUGAGCCUUGGAGGCAUUUUCUCAAUCGGACCAGUGUCUAUUCUCUCUGGUUUAAAUCCUCAGCCUUUGAGUUUGGUUCUCCAUUUCUUUGCAGUGGCCAUCUAUGGCCUUGGCCGCUUGUUGCUUCCUUUUCCUUCACCCAAGCGCAUGUGGAUUGGAGCUAGAUUGAUUUCAGGUGCCUCAGGAAUCAUUUUCCCCAUAAUCAAAGAAGAAGGAAUUAGACAAAUGUUCUUCCCUCUAACCGUGCCAGCUUACCACAGAGCUCCUCCAGUAAUAGUGUAACAUAGUAAAGAUGAUGAAAAAGAGAGAAAGUUGUAAUUUGCUUAGAGUUCUUUUCUCAUAACUUUUCUUUUUUCUGAAGCAAUAAAAACUAGUUUGUUGUACA